AUAUUUACCGUGCAUACGUACCAUGUAUGUAUGAUUGUGUAUGACGGAAUUGGUUUUUAAAAAAUGCCAGAGUUUCGAGUUUCACCUCUACAAGAAUCCUCUAUGGCGAUAAAAUAAGAAGUCAUAUUUUCGUAAUUUAUACCUUUAUGAUAGAAAUAUUCGUUGAAAAUGGUUAGGAACUAGUAUGAUGGUUAUUAAAGUUAUUGGUGCAUUAUUAUUAUGAAAUGUUGGCAAAACAUUAUAUUUCAUUUAAUAGUGUAUAACUCAAAAAACAUUGUAUAAUUUCAUUUAGCUUUUAUGAUAAAGUGAAAAAUUAUUUGUCAUUUUCUAUGAUGAGGUCUCAAAUUUACAAAAAGUAUGUUUAUUACUUAAAAUCGAGUGGAAUUUGUGUUGUUGUGAUGGGAAGUUGUUGGUGUAUGUAUCAAUUACGUCAGGUGUCACAAAUUUUAAGGUCUACUGUACCUGCUAAUGCUUUAAAUCUAGAGCAAACACAUGCUCAAUAUAUUUAUAUUGACGACCCUCGUUAUAAAGAUGUUUUUAUGUUUCGGAAGACUGAAAAUUUACAGUCAACUGUACCAGUGCAAACGCCUUCCUUUACUCAUAUCAUAAUGAAAUGGUGGAAAUCAUUAACUCGUAAUAUAGCAUAUAAAUUAUUACACAUGGCUCAACAUGGAGACAAAGUAGAACGAUUGAAAGCCGUAUAUAUGAUAAAUUCUCUACAAUAUUUAAAAGAUUGGCAUUAUCGUCAUAUUGCGCAAAUGUUAGAUGCCAGAACAGCGGUAUGUCUAGCAAGAAUGCCAAAUGUUGAUUCAAGAUUUUUUUUGAAGCCACCGUACUAUCAUAUACAACAUAAACUAUAUGAUAUAAUAGAAAAAGUACAUUAUUUGCUUCUUCAUUUAAAUACGUUAUCAAAAAAUACUCAUCCAUGCCUUAUUCACUUUCUGAAUAAAAAAUUCAGAGACUCACAACGUGAUGGUUUGAUAUUCGAACACGAUUUAACAAGCUUAGGAUUAGCUGUUUCUCCAGCUAUAAUAUGGGAUCAGGAAUUAUUGCAAAGUUGUGUUCAAGCAUUAUGUCACCAUUCUUGCCUUGAACAAUAUAGUAAAGAUAUUGUGGAAGCAGGAGGACUUCCAGUAUUGAUGAUAUUGAAGAAAAUGUUUAAUAACAAUAUUAACAUGUGUAUAUUACUUGCAAAGAUAAUUUCUAACAUUUCUCUUCAUUCAGAAUAUUUAGAACAGAUUUUCCAAGCAGGAUGGAUUGGUACAUUAGUAGAAUGGUCUCGUAGCUCUGACAUACGGUUGUCAGCUCCUGCAAGUCGUGCAUUGGCAAAUUUAGACAUAGAUGAAAAAGAAAAUAUUAAGUAUCCAAGGCGUAUUUAUCUUCUUCAUCCUUUACAUAAAACUAAAACAAAAGCAAAAUUAGAUGUUGUUUUCCUUCAUGGACUUCUUGGCGGUGUAUUUAUAACGUGGAGACAAAGAGAUGAAGAUACAUCUGUGCAUGGGGUUGUAGAUUCCUAUAUGACGGAUAGUGAAACAGAUAACAUGACAAUUAUGAUAGGGGAACAAUCGCAAGAAUUUUUGAAAGACUUAGCAUAUGAUUUGAGAAGACACGAGUGGGAAAAGCUGGGACAAGAUUUUGAAAUAAUCUUAGAUGAUUUCCCUCAAAAUACUAAUCAGAAUGCGUGUGGACCAUAUUCCUGUAGCGGGGAUAAUGCUUGCAUGAAAAAGUAUGAAUGCGAUAGGAGGCAUAGGACACAAUGCUGGCCCAAGGAUUGGUUACCCGAAGAUGUCCCAUAUAUCAGAGUGAUUGGAGUAAAUUAUGAUACAAAUUUGUCUAUGUGGACUCCUUUGUGCCCAAUAGAAGGCAUGAAAUCCACUUUGAAUGAAAGAAGUGGAGAAUAUGUUGGAAAACUAGUAACUGCAGGUAUUGGAAUACAACCAACGAUAUGGGUGUGUCACUCAAUGGGCGGUUUAUUAGUAAAAAGGAUGCUAGUUAAUGAAUGGAAAAAUGGCGAUAAAAAUAAUAUAUGCAAAAAUACUCGUGGCAUAAUAUUUUAUAGUACACCCCAUCGAGGCUCCCGUGUGGCAGUUUUAAAGCAAGCGACACAGAUGUUAGUAUGGCCAUCGGUGGAAGUGCAGGAACUUCGUGAAGAAUCACCGCAUUUACUACAACUGCACGAAGAAUUUCUGGAUAUGUUGAAGGAAUAUCCCAUAGAAAUUGUUAGUUUUAGUGAAACUAAACCUACGCUUGUGACUGCACUAAAAGUUCCGUUUCAAUUCGUUAGCCCUAGUUCUGCAGAUCCUGGCAUCGGGGAAUUUUAUGAAAUUGCUCAAGAUCAUUUAUCUAUAUGUAAACCAGCAAGCAGACAUUCCUUCUUGUACCAAAAACUUUUGAGUAUUCUCAGACGCCAUGUAACUCCUCACGAAGAAACAAGAAUUUCAUUGAUUACGGAAUUAUUGUCCUUGCCAGAUGUUAUUAGAUGAAGAAUGUCCAGAAUACAAUUUAUAUACAAAAGAUGAGAGAGAGGAGUUCAUAUUUCGUAUUUUUCGAAUGCUUGUUCUUGGAGGAGUACUUUGUCAACAUGAAGAUACAUUAGAUCCAUAUUUGGAUGCUACUAAAGCUAUUUACAAAGAUUUAAUAAGGUGUUGUAAUUUAUUUAUGAAUAUUUUUAUUUAUAUACAGCAAGAAACAAAAUUAAUUGUUUAACAAUUUUAGAGUGGAAAAACAAAAUAACACAGAUCUAUCUGUUAACACAUUAGUUUUAGAAGUAGUAGCUAAAGAUGGCAGAGAUCAAGCAUAUUUUCCAUGUAAUCCUUUUCACAUACAAAAUAUUGGAUUCGUAUUAGUGUACAAUAAUACUCGGGAAAUUACAACAUUCUUACAUCAAUAUGGAGAAUAUUGUUUGUCUGGGAAAAUAUAAAAUCACUAAAAAUAUGAUGUAUUAGAAGAGAUUGGUUUGUCAAUAAAAUUAAUAUAUUGUACAAACAUUGAAA